AUUCUAAAGUUGAGCGUUUGUGGGAUUAUCACAGUCGCUGCCGUCCUCGGCAGCUAUUUCGUGCUAAGAGCGUUUCACAAAUUUCGCAACUUGCGAACUGCUUCCAACAACAUUUUGGUGAGUUUGUCUAUCGCCGACGGCUUACUAGCGAUUCCCAUGAUUCUUGAUAUCAUUCAUUUGUGCCUUAAGUAUAAUGUUGGACAUUGUUCGCGUAUUCUUAGAGAAGUAAGAGGAACUGUCACCUUGUUCCUCCUUUCGGUCAUUAUUCUUCAUCUUACUUUAAUGAGCUCAGAACGUUUCAUCGCCAUCAGGUUCGCCUUACGAUACCAAGCCAUAGUGACCAAACGCCGAGUACGGAUCGUUUCCAUCGCGAUGUGGCUGUGGGCUCUGGUCAUUGUUAUUGCUCUUCCAUGGACGCUUUAUGGGAUAACAGGCCACAAAGAGUUCAGAGAAUUUCCCAUAGGGAUGCAUCCAGAUAGUGAUAAAGCCCAAGAGCUCCACAUCAGAUGGCAUCUUGUAUUCACAGCUGCGUCAAUGUUUCUUGUUCCCCUGUUGAUCAUUAUAUGCUCGUACACCUACAUCUUCAUAGUGUCCUACAAGCAGAGACAACGUGUCAGAAAACAGGGCCGCGACUCUCCAGGAAUACCAACAGUCAAGCACGAAAUGAAAGGCGCCCGAACUCUCGCCAUUGUUGUGGCGCUGUGUCUGCUCAGUAUCAUUCCUAUCCUUGUUGUGACAUCCCUCCGAGUUUUCUGGGGCAAAUUACUCGCAGGCCACCUCCAUCAAAAGUUACUUCAGCAUAUCGUUUAUAAGGUAGCCAUGUUUUUGAACGCUGCAUGCAAUCCUCUUAUCUAUGGAUGGAGAAAUGAGGACUUCAGAAACGCUUUUCGCAGGAUGAUAAAGUGCUGCUAA